AUGUCUCCAAAGCUUAAGCCGUUGUUGCUACCAAAACUGGUAGAGGAGCGGAGGAGAAGAGAGAGCAUCUUGGACGCCGAAUUGGACCUCUCGUCGUCCUCGUUUUCGCAAACAUCGACGGCCUCCGAGGUACCUUCGCCGGUCACGCCCACCUUUUCCAGAUCAGGACACUUGAGAUACCCAAGCUCUGCAUCGUCAAUCGACUCGUCUUUUCACGCGUCCGUAACAGACAGCCCGCAAUCGCCGACGUUCACGGCUUCCAAAUCGAGCAAACGCUCAUUGCCGGAUGUACAAGAGGAGCCACAGGAGCGCGACGAGGAUUUUGAUAUGUUCGACGACGACGAUGCUGACGACCUCUACAACUGUCUCUGCGACAACCAAGAAUGUUUGCACCGCGAACCUUCCAUGGCCGCCCAGAGCUCCGAACAGCUGUCGACUCAACAGACUUUUGAUUUCGACCUUGCCGAUGGCUUCUUCAGCGAUGGAGAGUAUGCGCUGAGCCCUCGCUUCAAAAAGCGAAGAGCGAACGAGACUUCUCUCUCGAAUCUGACAGAUCGUAUCAAUCAUAGAUUCCCGUCUUUCUCGCGAAAAUGGCGAUUAAAGAGAGGAACGAGUUCCGCAAACUCCGUCGCAUCAGACGGACUAAGAGACAUGACUUCGUCUAGAGCGGAUUCCAGUCGAUCAUCAUCCAUCUCGGCCUCGACGCGACCAGCGGCCGAAAAAGCCUUCGAGCCUCAAAUGCCACCCACGCCAACUGCAAGUCUGCUCGAGGCCAACGAUGACUCAGUGACCGCCUCCCCGAUCGAUAUUGAGAAAGCAAACGGCGACAUUGCAGCACGUGAGGAGAACUUUGCGACCACGCCGCUUCUCCCACCUCUCAUGACUGACAUGCUCUCCAAUACGAAAGAGGUACACUUGCAAUCACCAUUACAGUCACCGUCGGUAGCCGAAGUCAACGAUCCAUGGGCAUCCGGCACGCUGACACCAAUUGAUGCCAUUACCACUCCACAACUAGCGGGCAUCCCUUCGCCACCUCUUAGUACUAGACCAUCGGUUUCGUCGUUCCAUCGUACCUCGACAAGCCGGCCAACCCAUCUCAUCCCAUCCUCCGAAAUUCCACCAAUCCACAUCGCUGAUGUCAACGAUGAAUGGUCUGAUAAACUUGGCCAUGCGAAUUUCUGUAUCUACCCAGAGCCUUAUCUCCCGGAUGCGACCGAUCUAGAGGCUUGUCGCCAGCUGCAAGCGAACUGGACGCUGGCAAGGAACAACUAUUUGAAGCAUCAGACAAGGACACUAAAGCAUUAUGGUGGUACUUCGAAAAUGUACAAAUUAACAGAAGAAAAAUGGGCUUCUGUUAUGUCCACAUGGAGGAAGAACAAUGAUAUCACCUUGGCGAAAAUGAUCGCAAAUGGUGGUGAUGUCUUCGCAACUUUGAAGCACACCACAUUUGGCGACGACUCAAGCAACAACACAAUGACUAUCAUUCCAUCUCUCAACGAUCCGAGAUGCGAAGGGAAAUUUCCCGAGAUGGGAGACGAAGACAUUGUUGGACCUAUGGUACAAGUCGCUGCUCAACUUCAACGAACUCCAACCAAGAAGAACAAAAUUCUCAAGUUCUUUGCCCAGAAAUUUCCAGGUGGCCUGGGUCGUGCUUGA